UUGACACCUUAUGUUCCAUUGUCUGCACCAUCAUCUCACUUACCUGCUCACCCCGAAGUGCUUGCUCCUCCGGUUGAUAAAGAGAUGCCACCUUAUGUUCCAUUGUCUGCACCAUGCUCUAACUUACCCGCUAAUCCUGAAGUACUUGCUCUUGGUAUCGGUGAAGAGUUGCCAGCAGGUUUUUCACAGUCUUCACUAAUCAGUAACUUACCUGCUGAUUUACCAACUUAUGCUGAAUUACAGGCACGGAAUAGAAUGUGGACUACUAAAGUUGAAAAUUUCGAGGAGUACAGUUUUAAUAAGGAAAUGGAACCCACUAAAUCAUAUAACCAUAAAAGUCUCCCUAUUGAAUAUUUUAGUAAUUUGUUCCCAGAUGAGCUUUUUAAAAUGAUCGUCAAAUAUACAAAUAAAUAUGCAGCGUUGAAACAAAGCAAAUUCUGGACAGACACUAAUGUUAAUGAAAUAAAAGCAUUUCUAGCGAUAAUCAUUCUAAUGGGAAUAAGCUCUCAGUCAGAUAUCGAGUUGUAUUGGAGUGCAGAUCCGUUUUAUAAGAACAUAGAAAUAAGUAGCACAAUUAAUUGCAAAAGAUUCAAAAAAAAUUCUAGAAAAUUUUCAUGUUUGCGACAUUACAACUCAUUUGUCCAGGGAUCACAAAGACCAUGA